AUCCCCCACGCCACUCGCCAGCACCUUCGCUCCCCUCGCCUUCUUGCUCUGCUCACCGCGAGCGCGCGCGUGCGCCCGGAGCGCCGAUGGCCGCCGCAAUGCCACCGUCGCUGCCCGCCCUCCUCGCGGCGCUGCUGCUGCUGGUGACGCUUUCGCCGGCCGCGGCGCGCGUCCCCGGCGUGUACACCGGCGGCGACUGGCAGAGCGCGCACGCCACCUUCUACGGCGGCAGCGACGCCUCCGGCACCAUGGGCGGCGCGUGCGGGUACGGGAACCUGUACAGCCAGGGGUACGGGGUGAACAACGCGGCGCUGAGCACGGCGCUGUUCAACGAGGGGCAGCGCUGCGGCGCGUGCUUCGAGAUCCGGUGCGUGAACCAGCCGGGGUGGGCGUGGUGCCUCCCGGGGAGGCCGUCCAUCGUGGUCACCGCCACCAACUUCUGCCCGCCCAACUACGCGCUGCCCUCGGACGACGGCGGCUGGUGCAACCCGCCCCGCCCCCACUUCGACCUCGCCAUGCCCAUGUUCCUCCACAUGGCGCAGUACCGCGCCGGCAUCGUCCCCGUCUCCUACCGCCGGGUGGCGUGCCGGAAGUCGGGCGGGGUGCGGUUCACGAUCAACGGGUUCAGGUACUUCAACCUGGUGCUCAUCACGAACGUGGCCGGGGCGGGGGACCUGGUGCGCGCCAGCGUGAAGGGGUCCAGCACCGGGUGGAUGCCCAUGUCCCGCAACUGGGGCCAGAACUGGCAGUCCAACGCCAUCCUCGUCGGCCAGGCCCUCUCCUUCCGCGUCACCGCCAGCGACCGCCGCACCUCCACCUCCUGGAACGCCGCACCCCAGAACUGGCGCUUCGGACAGACCUUCGAGGGCAAGAACUUCAGGGUCUAGUUGGCCUUCUUCUCCUUCUCCGGCGCCGGCGAUGGAGCAGAUGGACGUCGUCUUAUAUACUAUACUAGCGAGUAAUUACUACAGUGAGCGGUCGAGUGGUAUGGGUUGGUGUGUUUUUUCCGUUCCUGGUGCGUGGCCUGUGAAUGCAGAUGCAAGGUGCAAGCAGGUUGAUACCAGUAGCAGUAAAAGUCUAGUCUUGAUUAGGGUAAAGAGGUGAUGGUUGCUGGGUACUGAGUAGAGUGGUUGUGUGGAGUGGUGGCUGAAGUGGCUGCAAAGCCGCAGCUGAAGAGUGGGAGCGGCGAGUGUAGCCCGCAGCUGCUUCUCCGGUCCGGUGUCCCGUGUCGUGUCAUCUUUGUCUCCAUGGCACGCUGCUGGCUGUUACUACUACUAUUUAUCAACCAAUCAUGGACCUGAUUUGUAUCGUA